GGGGGGUGGGCGGAGUUUACGUCCAGGCACCAUGGCUUCGGUUGGACCCGAGCCCGCUGGUCUAGCCAAGGGCAGCGUGGAUAAGGGGGCAUCCACAAAGAAAGAAGAAGUUGACGCCGCAAGCAACAGAGAGGAGAAACCAGAUGGAGACAAAGAGAUAGGUGUCAGACUGUCCUCUUCCCCUCCAUCAGAGACGAUGCUCAACGGCACCGAAUGCGACACCACGCGGCACAAGAGCCCGACACACGGCUCUGCAGCCGCCAACAACAACAAAACUUUGCUGUUGCUGAAUGAAAAUGGCACGUCGAACGUGGAGCCACCGCACGGUUCCGUUACUGGGAGCAACGGAUUCAUUCUCACGAAGCAGCAGCAGCAGCAGCAGCAGCAGCAGCAGCAGGAAGGCGGCUCUGUUGCAAAGCCGGGUUCGGGAGUUUCCCCUCACAGGACUAACUGGUUGCCUUCGGGCUCACCGACGGGGGGGCACGCGGCCAAAUCUCCCCCGGCCUCGGCUUCUGGGUGUGCGCAGAGUUCAGCCGCACUAAGGACUGACCCCAGUACAGGGACUAUGUCGGGACAGGAGACACCAGACACUAAGAACGGCACAGCCUCGUCUCCUGCCCCACCUCCUGCACCCGUUACCAUACACAGAGCACGCAAGACCAUGUCCAGACCUGCUGUGAGUCCGGCACAAAAGCUUCUUAACAGGGAAUUAAGAGAAGCAAAGAGCGCCAAAAUGGAGAAGAUGGAGACUCAUGCUGCGCCUGACGCUCAGAAAUCCUCGCAGCAGCCCUCUGCUCAGAACCAUCUACCUCAGAGUCCGCCGGUUUCAUCAGCUUCACCAACACCUCCGGCUCCUCCAGCUCCCGAGGGUCCUCCGAAGCCCCCGGCUUCUGCGGCUCCUCAAGCUUGUCCGGCUCCUCCAGCUCCAGCUAAGCUCCAACUAGGUCUGUACUCGGGAGCGUUUUCAUCCCGGAAGAAGAAGAGGAGGAUGGGAAUGUACAGCCUGGUUCCCAAGAAGAAAACCAAAGUGCUUAAGCAGAGAACUGUGCUGGAGAUGUUCAAUGAACUUCAAAAGCCUGCCAAGAGCUCGCAGGCUAAAGAGAUGGCAAACGUUAAUGGCGAGAAGGUCGAAAAUGCAUCUGAAGAGGAAGAGUCCGAGGAGGUGGAGUCUGAGGAAGAGGAGCGACAGCAGCGGACAGAAGAACCUGCCGGCGCUGUCCCCAUGGCAGCAUCUGAACCCACCUCUCAGGUGGCAGACGAGCAGGAGUCUGAAGAGUCUGAAGAAGUAGAUGGAGAGGAGGGGGGCUCAGAUUCCGACUUGAGCACCGAGUCCAGUCUGAAGAAGAAGUUGAAAAAGAAAAUGAAGAGAGACAGCGAGUGGCUCAGGCCGUCCAGGAAACGGAAGAGGAGGAUAAAGGCCAAAGAACUUGAGGCGGUGGAUGAGCCUCCGGCUUCAGCUCCGGCCCAGGUGGCUGAUGGGAAGGAGCGCACACAGAUUUCCUCACCCGAGUCUGUGAACCUCAACAAGCCCCAGGAGCCGACGGUUCCCUCAGAGAGCAACGACGUUCCCGGGUCAGUGAUGGAGGAGGCUCAGGAGCUUCCGCUCUGCAGCUGCCGCAUGGAGACGCCCAAGAGCCGAGAGAUCCUCACGCUGGCCGACAGGAAGUGCAUGGCCACAGAGAGCGUUGAUGGACAGCUGACCCGCUGCCAAGGUGCCAUACUGAAGCAUGAAAUGAUGCGUCCCUCCAACUCGGUUCAGCUGCUGGUUCUGUGCGAGGACCACCGCAACGGCAUGGUGAAGCACCAGUGCUGCCCCGGCUGUGGCUUCUUCUGCAGGGCUGGGACCUUCAUGGAGUGCCAGCCGGACCUCAGCAUCUCUCACCGUUUCCAUCGAGCUUGUGCGUCGGUGCUGAAGGGUCAAAGCUUCUGUCCCCACUGUGGAGAAGAGGCCGGCAAGGCCAAGGAGGUCACCAUCGCCAAGGCCGACACCACCUCCACCGUGCCGCCCGUGCCCGCGCUCGCGCUCGAGCACGGGCCGGCCACUCCCGGGGUCCCCGAGGGCCGAGCAGACACCACCACUGGCAGCUCCUCUCGUCUGACUAUGGGGGCUGAAGUCAGCGGCAGGGCCGACAGCUCGCUGUCCGCUCGUUCUGCACACGGACUCGACACCGCUGCCGUUCCUGGUUCGUCCCGGAGCCCGACAACGCUGGUUGGGUUGGGAACAACGGUGCCACCUCCCGUCCUUCAAGGACCACCUCGAGAGACUCUAGAGAGCAUCCUGGUGGCACUCGACACAGAGAAGCCAAAGAAGCUGCGUUUUCAUCCCAAACAGCUUUACCUCUCAGCCAAACAGGGAGAACUCAAGAAGGUCUUGCUCAUGUUGGUGGACGGUAUCGACCCUAACUUUAAGAUGGACUCUCAGAACAAACGCACCCCGCUCCACGCUGCGGCGGAGGGAGGAUACAAAGACAUCUGCCACAUGCUCGUGCAGGCGGGAGCAAACUUGGACAUGUGUGACGAAGAUCAGCGGACGCCACUGAUGGAGGCCUGUGAGAACAACUACAUGGAGACGGUCCAGUACUUGCUGAGAGCUGGAGCCAGCGCCAUGCACAAGGAUGUUGAAGGAUUCACGUGUCUCCAUCUAGCGGCAAAGUCUGGCCAUUACAACAUCGUUGAGCACCUUCUGUCCACAGGAUUAAUCAACAUCAACUGUCAGGAUGACGGAGGUUGGACAGCCAUGAUCUGGGCGACAGAGUACAAGCAUGUGGACCAGGUGAAUCUGCUUCUGUGCAAAGGAGCCGACAUCAGCAUCAGAGACAAGGAAGAGAACAUCUGCCUCCACUGGGCGGCGUUCUCCGGCAGUGUGGAGAUCGCCGAGCUGCUCCUGAACGCCCGCUGUGACCUGCAGGCCGUCAACAUCCACGGAGACUCGCCUCUACACAUCGCUGCCCGGGAGAACCGCUUAGAAUGCGUCACGCUUUUCCUGACUCGAGGAGCAGAUGUGUUUCUGAAGAACCGAGAGGGAGAAACCCCUCCGGACUGCUGCAGCCACAACUCCAAGGCCUGGGCGGCCCUGCAGGCCAACACGAGAGAGAGGGACGACAAGAACACCAGGCUCUCUCGAGUGGAGGAAAAAGUCCUUCAGAGUGACGUAGCUCUGGGACAGGAGAGUGUUCCCCUUCCCUGUGUCAACUCUGUCGACAGUGAACCUCACCCGGAUGACUACAAAUACAUCCCCGAAAACUGCGUCACCUCCCCCAUGAACAUCGACAGGAACAUAACGCACUUACAAUAUUGUGUUUGUAAAGAAGACUGUUCAACAAGUAUCUGCAUGUGUGGGCAACUCAGUCUGCGCUGCUGGUAUGAUAAGAGAGGUUGUCUUCUCCCUGAGUUCUGCCGUGAGGAGCCUCCCCUCAUCUUUGAAUGCAACCACGCGUGUUCCUGUUGGAGGACCUGCAAGAACCGCGUUGUGCAAAAUGGAAUCAGGACCAGGCUUCAGGUCUUCAGGACCAGUAAGAAGGGCUGGGGUGUCCGUGCAGUACAAGACAUACCACAGGGGACCUUUGUAUGCGAGUACGUCGGUGAGAUCAUCUCUGAAGCCGAAGCAGAAAUGAGGCAGAAUGACACCUACCUGUUCAGCCUGGAUGACAAGCCACAGGAUCUAUACUGCAUCGAUGCCCGUUUCUAUGGAAACAUCAGCCGCUUCCUCAAUCACAUGUGCGAGCCCAACUUGUUUGCCUGUCGAGUGUUCACGAAGCACCAGGACCUUCGUUUCCCACACAUUGCCUUCUUCGCCAGUGAAAACAUCAAAGCUGGAGAGGAGCUUGGAUUUAAUUACGGCGACCACUUCUGGGAAGUCAAAAGCAAGUUGUUCAGCUGCGACUGCGGCUCUUCCAAGUGCAAGUACUCGUCGGCGGCCAUGGCGUCGCUGCAGGCGGACAGCACACCGGAGGGCCAGCAGCAGCCCAGUGCGUCGCCCGACACCAGCUUUUCCAACGGCCCCUCCAGUCCUUCCUAAAAAAAAGAGAACCCUCUUCACGCUCAACGCUCGCGCACACGGACACCUGGCUGACGGGACACACAGAGACACCUGUGCAAGGCACCCAGUCUGAACUUUUAUCAAUGAACCUGUACUGUAUCUCCACUUCUGAUUCAAACCACGGACCUUCGUGAGGACCCCGUCAAAACGUUGUCACACAGAACCAGAUGCACAAUCGAAUCCUGGAAGAACUUACUGCUCCCUUUUUCGUCCACCUUGCAUAACGUGAAGAGCUGGGGGCAGCAACAUCACGCACAGCAAAGUCACAGGGACAAUAAAGCAUUAUACAUAACGUCACACAUUACUUUACUGGGAAGGAAGACAGCUUUUUCUUUUUUUUUUUUUUUAGAUGGCUUGAAAUUGUUACAUGGCUUUUCUUAUUGACUCAUGAUUCUGGAACUUUGGGGUCGGGAUGAGGGUAUCGUUGUCUUUUGCGAAGACAACCUCAGCGUUCAGCUGGGUUUAACUUGUCUGACCUUUUGCGGUCAUUUUCAUGAACCAUUCCAGUGAGAUUAGCUGAUAAAUAUUGAACUAUGUUGCCACUUGUUUGUCACUUCCUCUUUGUCGCAGUGUUUGAACGGACGUGUUCGACAUUUGCCACCACAGUUGAUUAUAAAUUGAUGAAUUACCUGACACGGUGGGAAAGACCUGAAGGAGUGGUGCAAAAAAAAAUGUUUUUCCUUUAUUUGCUACUCAAGCGAGUAUAGAUUGUCUGUCUGAGAGAAAGAUGCUGUACCAUUCCUCCAAAACGAGGCUUUUCUAGUCUGAAUAAAUUGGUUGACCGUUUUAUUAAGCAUGCUGCCACUGAUGUGGAAGAAUUUGAUUAAACUGAAAUAGUUUAAAAACAAGAAAAUGGUGCUGACAGAUUUUUUUUCUUUUUUUCUCAUUUUUAUUACCCAAGUGAACAUAGUUUGUAAGAUAAGAGAACGUUUUACGUUUUUUUUAUGUUUCAUUUUAACUCCACUUUUCUAAGCGUCGUUACUGUAGUUGGGUUAUUUUUGUUUCAUGAUUUUGCCGACAGAAGCCAACCAAUCUUUUUAAAUGUUAGUAAAGCAGUGACUGUUGUGCAAAGUCUUGAAAGGUAUAAAUGAUUAAAAAAAAAAAAAAAGGUUAGAAAAGAUGCAAUCCAUAACGUUCUGUUACAUAUUUCAUGACCGUGAACCAUCCAUCUAAUUGGUUGUAUCUUUUUCAAUAAAUUUACUACUAAUGCA